AGAAGAAGAUAAAUAUCCAUAAAGAGUGGCGCCAAACGCCCAAUGGAGGGCAGUUGACAGUUGAGCCUUUUAUCCCUUUCUAUCUUUAGCUACCUGCUUCCAUGGGGUGCUCCGCUUGUUCUUGGCUCUACCCCUUUAGUCCCAUGACAAUGGCCUCCUCAACUCUCGGACAACCUUUACAUAAACCCAUCUUCUUCAAGCCCAUCACUGCCAUUUCUUGUUCCAUGGUUGGCCCAACAAGUUCUUCAUCGUCCUCUUCGACUGGAUCAUACGGCACUGGCUGUAGCAACCCAAUCCGUCGACACCUACCACUGUCCACAUCGUAUGAUACUCCUCCUGAGAUCCUCCGCCACUGGAUCGAACUUCAACAACCUCAAGCUUCUCAAGAUAGAUUUACUGUGGCAUCGUAUAACAUAUUGGGAGACAGAAAUGCUUCAAAACACAAGGAUUUGUACCUAAAUGUUCCUUCAGAUUACAUAAGAUGGGGUUACCGGAAAAGGGUCUUAUGUGAAGAAAUAAUGAGAUGGAACCCAGAUAUAAUUUGUAUGCAAGAGGUGGACAAGUACUUUGAUCUAAGGAACACCAUGGAGAAGGCAGGAUAUGUUGGUUCUUAUAAGCGGCGCACAGGAGAUAAUGUUGAUGGGUGUGCUACAUUUUGGAAACCUUCCAAGUUCCGAUUGUUGGAGACGGAAAGCAUCGAAUUUAAGGGAUUUGGUCUUCGUGAUAAUGUUGCUCAGCUUUCUGUUUUUGAGAUGUGCAGAGAUGAAUCUAGAAGACUAGUUGCUGGUAACAUCCAUGUGCUGUAUAACCCAAGCCGUGGAGAAGUAAAGCUAGGUCAAAUUCGUUCUUUCUCCUCAAGGGCACAAGAACUCUCCAACAGAUGGGGAAAUGCCCCAGUUGUGCUUGGUGGCGAUUUUAAUAGCACUCCUCAGAGUGCAAUAUACAAGUUCUUGUCAACGUCAGAGCUGAACAUCAAGUUGUAUAACAGAAGAGAGUUGUCAGGCCAGAGAAGUUGCCACCCUUCUCAAGUUCUGGGUGCUAACAGCGAAUUGAAUUCAUUUACUGUUCUGGACAAACUUUUGAAUGAUUGCUGGACUGACGAGGAGGUUAAAGCUGCAGCAGGAACUGCUAAUAGUGAUUUUGUUAUGCACCCAUUGCAGCUUAGUAGCUCUUAUGCUACGGUAAAGGGUUCUACAAAUACACGGGACUCGAAUGGUGAACCUUUAGCUACUUCCUACCACUCUAAGUUUCUUGGAACUGUUGAUUAUUUAUGGUACUCAGAAGGCAUUCUACCUAUUAGAGUUUUGGAUACUCUUCCAAUUGAUACGCUCAGAAGGACUGGUGGCCUUCCAUGGAAGAAAAUAGGAAGUGAUCAUUUGGCUUUGGUUUCGGAAUUUGUCUUCUCUAAAAGAAACGAAGACGAUAAACCGGGUACGGCAGUCCUCCGUUCAGAUUAAAUCCCCCAGUCUGACUGCAAACAAAAAUAUUGAACACACUGCAUUUACUCUACGAAGGGACGAUCAAUGUGUGGGGUGGGUGAUAAUUGAUAACUAUGGCUGGAAACAUAGUAGCAGUUGCAUGAGAUUUCUUAGCAUACAGGGACCUACUGGCUUUCAUUGCUAAAUUUUUAUUUACAUCCCUGAACGUGUCUUGUAAAUAAUGCCCCCUUUUUGAAAUACGUAAGAUAUGCUGAUUAUUUU